AGUUUUUGCACAUGAAAGUUUACAAAUACGCGAAACCUUGAGUGGGGAUAAGUCUUUUGGCCAUUAUAAAUCAGACAGGCACCGUUCAACUUUUCAAGGUCUCCUCCUCUUGAAGAUGGCAACCACAUCCGUCCUCACUGCAAUCACAAGAAGAUUAGGGGGGAAAGUGGCAAUUAUCACAGGAGGAGCCAGUGGCAUUGGUGAAUCCGCAGCAAAACUCUUUGCAAACCAUGGAGCCAAAGUUGUAAUCGCCGACGUCCAAGACCAACUUGGCUAUUCAGUAAUCGACGCCAUUGGCUCAUCAAACUCCUCCUAUGUUCAUUGCGACGUAACCGACGAAUCCCAAAUAAAAAGCGCAAUUGACCAAACCGUUUCAACUCAUGGCAAGCUCGACAUAAUGUUCAACAACGCCGGCAUCGUUGAUGAGAACAAGCCACGCAUAAUAGACAACACAAAGGCCGAUUUCGAGCGAGUCCUCAGCGUAAAUGUCACCGGAGUUUUCCUCGGCAUGAAGCAUGCAGCACGUGUCAUGAUUCCAGCUCGCAGUGGAAGCAUAAUUUCAACAGCCAGCAUAAGCUCACUAGUUGGUGGUGCUGCCUCGCAUGCUUAUUGUUCUUCGAAACAUGCGGUUUUGGGGUUAACAAGAAAUGCUGCUGUUGAGCUUGGACAAUUUGGCAUUAGAGUGAAUUGCUUGUCGCCCUAUGCUCUUGCAACGCCUUUGGCCACAAAAUUUGUGGGGCUUAAUGAUGAGGAGCUCGAGAAUUUAAUGCAUUCGCUUGGUGUGUUGAAAGGUGUGAAACUUAAAGCAGAAGAUGUUGCAAAUGCAGCUCUUUAUUUAGCAAGUGAUGAGGCCAAGUACGUGAGUGGGCAAAAUCUUUUCAUAGACGGGGCUUUUUCUAUUGUUAAUGGGGCAUUUGGGAUGUUUCAAUAUCCCGAUUCUUGAUUGUAUUUAUUUUAAGAAUUUUUCAUUUCUUUGAAAGUUAAUGUUUUUGCAAUAAAUUCAUAUUUUGAAUCUCUUAAA